AUGGAUGAGUGCUCUUCCGGACUGGCAGUGCCCCCUCUUGGCUUGCACGCCUCUCUAUUUUACGUUCAAACACCCGAAGGUGAUGUGGAUCAGCUCAGCCGGCAUGGUGGUUGUCCUCCUCAUGAGGGAACCAAGUGGGGAUCUAACUCCUUCAUGUGGGAUUCCGAUGCCGAUGAAGCUGCCGAUCUGUGGACGACCAAGUAG